AAAUGGGAAGUGAAAUCGCUGCAUAAUUAAACAAUGCACUUCAAUCAUUAUCUGAGCAUAAUUAAUUCAAUUAUAAAACGCAUUUAAAAAAAUUAAUUUGAAAAACAAUGCCGGCGUGGAUACCAGAAUGCGUGCAGCACUGCAACACUGGGCUUUCAGCCCUGGUAACAGACACUGCGUCUUAAAGGCAACUCUGUGCCUGCACAUUUAGCCGAAAAUCGAAAUUUCACAAUCGCGGACCCCAAGUUCGUAAUAAAUAAAAGAGUUUUUUCUAUAUUUUUAUUAAAAAAAAACCGAACGACGUCCUACUACAUGAGUCGGCCGAUUUCAGUAGUUCGAGAAAACCCAGUAGCUUAUACAAAAUUGACAUAGCAAUAAGUAUCAUUAGCUAGCAGAGGCAAACCAAGUGCAAGAACAGCGCCUCGUCGUUAAAUAACCUAAAGAGAAAAGUCUCCGCCGCACCUCCGCCCGCAGCCCACAAGAGAAAAAAGAAAACAUAGGCAACGCGCACAGGCAACAGACUUGAAGAAAACACGUACACGAUGGCUUUCCGGCUAAUGAGUACGGCAAAAGCGAUGAGUGGCUUGAUGAGACGCACCUACAUGAGCGGCCCGUUGGGAAAACCGGUGUAUCGCGGAGCUAGCGUCCAAUCACUUGCAGUUGAAAUCCCGCCCCUGCUACGCUACAUUGUGGAACAGUUUCAGUUGUUCUGCAAAAAGCCGCCAAAGGGUUUCGAAAAGUACUUCGAGGCUGGAGGAAAAUCGGCGACGCCCAAAGGCGCAGCGGCCGAGUCAAAACCUACACCAUCCAAUGGGGCCGGUAGCAAAUCGGCUCCCGGCAGCACAAGUAGUAAAUCUUCCCCGCCCAAGUCCAAGACCAGCUCGGCAGCCGAAAACAAAUCGGAUUGGAAUUUCGGCAUGUUCAGCAAUAGUACAAGACCCGGCGCCGGUCGGGGCACAGGUCCACCAGGUCGACCCAUUGGCGAGGGAAGUGGUGGUGAUCGAGAGAGGUGGAUUCUAUUGGGCGCCAUUGGCGCUGUGGUGCUGGUUGGUUCGUUUGCCUUCUUCGAAAUGGGCUACAAGGAGAUCUCAUGGAAGGAGUUCGUCAACAGCUAUCUGACCAAAGGUAUCGUGGAGAAGCUGGAAGUGGUUAACAAAAAGUGGGUCCGUGUUCGUCUGCUGCCCAGCAGCGGACAAGGCAGUGGCGUCCUGUGGUUCAAUAUUGGCAGCGUGGACUCGUUCGAGCGCAAUUUGGAGACGGCACAAACAGAAUUGGGAACAGAGUCUAUCAACUUUGUGCCCGUCAUCUAUCGGAAUGAGGUAGAGGCUUCCAGUCUGACGGGCCUACUUCCAACGCUCCUGAUCAUCGGCUUUCUCGUCUAUAUGAUGAGAAAAUCUGCGGAUAUGAUGGGCGCUGGACGUGGACGCAAGGGUGGCGGUCUAUUUGGCGGUGUCAUGCAGUCCACAGCGAAGCUAAUCAAUCCCACGGAAAUUGGCGUGGGCUUCAAAGAUGUUGCCGGCUGCGAGGAGGCUAAAAUCGAGAUCAUGGAGUUUGUCAACUUUUUGAAGAAUCCACAACAAUACAUUGAUUUGGGCGCCAAAAUACCGAAGGGCGCUAUGUUGACUGGUCCGCCGGGCACUGGCAAAACGCUGCUGGCCAAGGCAACGGCAGGCGAAGCUAAUGUGCCUUUCAUAACCGUUUCGGGUUCCGAGUUCCUGGAGAUGUUUGUGGGCGUGGGACCGUCGCGUGUGCGUGAUAUGUUCGCCAUGGCACGAAAACAUGCGCCCUGCAUUCUGUUUAUCGAUGAGAUCGAUGCUGUGGGCAGGAAGCGUGGCGGCAAAACCUUUGGCGGUCACUCGGAGCAGGAGAACACACUGAAUCAGUUACUAGUCGAAAUGGAUGGCUUUAAUACGACAACGAAUGUGGUGGUGCUGGCGGCCACAAAUCGUGUGGAUAUAUUGGAUAAGGCGCUGAUGCGACCGGGUCGCUUCGAUCGUCAAAUUUACGUGCCUGCACCGGACAUUAAAGGACGUGCGAGCAUUUUCAAAGUGCACUUGGGAUCGCUGAAAACGGAUCUGGAUAAGAACGAUUUGUCUCGCAAAAUGGCGGCCCUAACACCCGGCUUUACAGGAGCCGAUAUAGCCAAUGUGUGCAAUGAGGCCGCCCUUAUUGCCGCUCGUGAUUCCAAGGACUCGAUUGUGCUGAAACAUUUCGAGCAAGCCAUUGAGCGUGUGAUUGCGGGCAUGGAGAAGAAGACAAAUGUGCUGGCGCCCGAAGAGAAACGCACUGUGGCUCAUCAUGAGGCUGGCCAUGCCGUGGCUGGCUGGUUUCUGGAACAUGCCGAUCCACUGCUCAAGGUUUCCAUCAUACCACGCGGCAAGGGCUUGGGCUAUGCACAAUAUCUGCCCAAGGACCACUAUCUGCUCUCCAAGGAGCAACUAUUCGAUCGCAUGUGCAUGACUUUGGGCGGUCGUGUAGCCGAAGAGCUGUUCUUCAACCGCAUCACGACCGGCGCCCAGGAUGAUCUGAAGAAGAUCACCGACAUUGCCUAUUCGCAAGUGGUGCGCUUUGGCAUGAACGAAAAGGUGGGGCAGGUUAGCUUCGAUGUGGGCCAGAGCGGUGACCCCAUAUUCUCGAAACCCUAUUCCGAGGACACCGCACAACUGAUCGACUCCGAGGUGCGGCAAAUAAUCAAAUGUGCCCAUAAUGCCACAACAGAUCUGCUGACACAACACAAGGAGGAUGUGCGACGUGUAGCCGAGCGAUUAUUGCAGAAUGAGGUGCUGAGUCGUGACGAUAUGAUUGAAUUGCUAGGACCACGUCCCUUCAAGGAGAAGUCCACGUAUGAGGAGUUCGUCGAGGGUACCGGCUCCUUUGAGGAGGACACCACAUUACCUGAGGGCCUCAAGAGCUGGAACAAGGAGAAGGAGCGAACAGCACCCACAGAUACCACAUCCCCACCAAAGCCUGUGCCCGCUAGUUAAAUCAAUCGCGUCGGGCCAAUCUGUUUGUUGUUCUAGAGUAGUAGUCACAGUCAUAAAGUAAUUGUUUUUAGCGCGCGGAGCUCAGCUCAGCUCCCUGUGUGGGGUUUGUGCGCUCAAGAGUAUUUUUGAGUUUUUUGGCGAUCUAAAUUAGACGUGUGCUUAAAUUCAAACCAAAAGAGAGUUGAACAGUUUUUAUUCUUUUGGAAAUGGAAAAAAAUUUGCAAUGUGUUCUCCAUGCGUCACAUUUAAGACCUUCCUUUUUUGCCUAAUUUUAAGAUCAGAUAGUGAGAGCAGCUGACUAGCAAGAAGACGUUGGGCAAAGCCAGGCAUUAAGCGAUGCCAAAAUUUGCCGUAUUUCAUAGUCAAAAAUAAACAACUCACUGAAAUCAAAUUAAAAACGUA